AUGGCUUCCUCUUUUCUCCCUGAACAAGCUAGAGUACCCCCUUCCCUCCAAUUUCCCUUUCCUCCCGUCACCAAGUUUAAGAUUGGAUUGUGUCAAUUAAAAGUGACUGCGGACAAGGAGAAUAAUAUUCUGCAUGCACGAACAGCGUUAGAGGAGGCUGCACAAAAGGGAGCCAAGCUUGUUCUUUUGCCAGAAAUUUGGAAUAGUCCAUAUUCAAACGACAGCUUUCCAGUUUAUGCUGAGGAGAUUGAUGCUGGUUUUGAUGCAUCUCCAUCGACAGCCAUGUUGUCAGAAGUUGCCCGUCUCCUAAAUAUCACAAUAGUAGGAGGCUCAAUACCAGAACGAAGUGGGGAUAAGUUGUACAAUACCUGUUGUGUCUUUGGAACUGAUGGAAAGUUGAAAGCCAAACACCGCAAGAUACACCUUUUCGAUAUUGACGUUCCUGGAGAGAUUAUAUUCAAGGAAUCUAAGACUCUUACUGCUGGAGAGACUCCAACCAUAGUGGACACAGAGGUUGGCCGGAUUGGUAUAGGUAUCUGCCAUGACAUUAGAUUUCCAGAACUGGCAAUGCUCUAUGCAUCUAGAGGGGCUCACUUGCUCUGCUAUCCUGGGGCAUUCAACAUGACUACUGGACCAUUUCUCUGGGAGGUACUGCAAAGGGCAAGGGCUCUGGACAAUCAGUUAUAUGUAGCAAGCUGUUCACCUGCUCGAGAUGUCGGUGCUGGAUACGUUGCUUGGGGUCAUUCAACACUUGUAGGACCUUUUGGAGAAGUGCUCGCCACCACUGAACACGGCGAGGCAAUAAUCAUAUCAGAUAUUGACUAUUCACAAAUUGAGCUCAUGAGAAAAAACCUCCCACUAGAGAAGCAAUGGCGAGGCGAUGUUUACCAGUUGGUAGAUGUUCAGAGAUUGAAUUCUUAA